UUGUAAAUGGUUACCAAGUAACUAUCACUGAGCCUCCCAAUCAUGUAAACUUAGGAGCUGAUGAGUUUAGCCAAAGAGAAGUAAAACAUAUUUCAAAGAUGGAAUGAAUGCUCAUUUAAAGACAUUAAGAAACUAUGAAAUCAAACAGGACCCAUCCACAGCAGAGACCUUUUGUUGACGAUUCCUUCGAAUCAGCAGAGGAGGAUUGCUGUGGAGAUUGUGAUGGUUGCCAGUGUUGUAGCAGAAGAGCUAUCUGUAUCUCCUCUGUUGUACUACUGGUUCUUGCCCUGGCAGUGGUGGGUGUCAUUCUCACUUUAAUCUUUGGCAUUCCAAAACGUCCUCCUGUGAAUCGUGCCUGCAGGACAGCAGACAACAGGACAGGGUUCUUGUGUGAUGACCGAGUGACUUGCAUCCCACCCUCUGAUCUGUGUGACGGGGCUGUGAACUGUCAGAGCGGCGCUGACGAGGACAAAGACAUGUGCAGGGAUCUACCUGACAGCCUUCCAGCAGGUCUAGUGUUUCGAUGUGGAAACCCUCAGUUUUGGAUCUUCAUUGACAAAAAAUGUAAUCACAUCAAUGACUGUGGAGACUGCUCAGAUGAGAUUGGAGUCUAUGCUGGAUGUCCACCUACCUGUAGGGUAGGAUGGUGGUUCUGUACCCCAGUGGAAUUCCAGUACUGCAAUUGCAUUCCUCGUAGUUUAUGCCAAAAUGGCCAGCAGAACUGCUUUGAUUGGUCUGAUGAGUACAUCUGUCCUAAACCCAGCUAGCCACUAUGCUCCUGGUUCAUUCAAGACAAAUUCAAGAUUCAUUUUCAUUGAAGAAUUUUAUUUCUAAAAGUGCAUGAAAUUACCCAAACAUUUGAUCAAACCCUAAGAACCUUGGGUUGGAAAUGCUAUUACACAAGUUUGUAUAAAAUAUGUGAGUAUGUAAGGCUGUCGGAUGUAUGCAUUAGUAGCUGUUUAACAGCUUCAAGUCCUCCUCAGAGAGUGCUGAAGGGGAGAAACGUUUUGCCGAGGGGCAGUAGGUGCCACUCUCCCCAAGCUCCGGUUUACGCUGCCUUUUGUUAGUCUUCUGCAACAAGGGCUUUGUGUGACUAUUUAUGUUUCCUGGAAGUUCAGCCCCAUGUGUGUGGGCGUGUGUUGCUUUAUGAAAAUGAAGCCUCUCCGUCGAUUCCUUGUCCUCCUUGUUCCACACCAAAGGUGAUGCAGUCAGUACUCCUUGGAUGAACUUUU